AUGUCCAUCGAUUGCUACCUCCUGCAGGCUAUGGUUGAAGAUCCAAUCCACAAAAUCCUGACUUAUAUUACAAUGUCUCAAAGCCCCUUCGGUUUUCUCGGACCUCCGAAGAAGGCAAUUAAAGUGAAAGAAGCUUCAUACUCGAAGUUGUGCGAAACAAAGAACAUUCUAACGGUAAACGGAAAAUUUCCGGGCCCAACCCUAAAAGUUCACAAAGGCGAGACUAUAAUCGUCGAUGUUUACAACAGAGGAAAUCAAAACAUCACCAUUCACUGGCACGGAGUGAAACAACCGAGAAAUCCAUGGACAGAUGGGCCCGCUUACAUCACGCAGUGCCCGAUUAAACCGGGCAGCCAAUUUAGCCAAAAGGUCAUAUUCUCCAAGGAGGAAGGGACUUUAUGGUGGCACGCGCACAACGACUGGUCGCGUGCCACCGUGCAUGGGGCCAUCAUAGUCUACCCGAGUCCUGAGACUUCAUACCCGUACACUAAGCCGUAUGCAGAAGUCCCGAUUAUUUUAGGGGAGUGGUGGAAAGAGGAUAUGAUGAAAGUAUUGGGAGAUUUCAUCGCCUCCGGUGGGGAGCCGGCGAACUCGUCGGCGUACAUGAUAAACGGCCGGCCGGGCGAUCUUUAUCCAUGCUCAAAGGAUGACAUGUUCACAAUGGAAGUGAAGUCAAACAAGACAUACCUUCUCCGGCUGGUCAACGCCGGCAUGAACGAGAUCAUGUUCUACGGCAUCGCCGGCCACAACCUCACCGUGGUCGGCACCGACGGCAGCUACUCCAAGCCCCUGACCCGGGCCCACGUCGCCAUCAGUCCUGGGCAGACCCUCGACUGCCUCCUCCUCACCGACCAAACCCCGGGCAGCUAUUACAUGGCUGCCCGACCCUACGUCACCGGUUUCGGGGUCAAUUUCGACAAUUCCACCACAGUCGGCCUCGUCCGCUACUCCGGCGCCGCCACCAACGGGCCCCGCCGCCUCCCAACUCUUCCCGAUUUCAACGACACGACCGCCGCCCAAAACUUCUCGUUUAGCAUCCGAAGCCUCAACUCGAAAGACCACCCGUGCGCGGUCCCGCUCGAAAUCAGCGAGCGGAUCCUCUCGACCGUCUCGGUCAACACGCGGCCCUGUGGGCCCGACGGGCCCGCAGCCGGCUGCGCAGGGCCCAAUGGGACCCGCCUGGCGGCGAGCAUGAACAACAUCAGCUUCGUGGCACCGCGGGUCGACGUGCUCGAGGCGUACUUCUACCGAGUGCCCGGGGUGUUUGGGUCGGGUUUCCCGCGGGCCCCACCACUCGAGUUCAACUACACGGCGGACGUGCAGCCGGUUGAGCUCUUGGUGCCGUGGAGGGGAACGGAGGCAAGGCUCGUGAGGUACGGGACGAACAUCGAGAUGGUGUUUCAGGGCACGAGCCUCGUCUCGGGGAUCGACCACCCGAUGCACCUCCACGGGUUCACGUUCUUCGCGGUCGGGUGGGGGUUGGGGAACUUCGACGCGGCGCGGGACCCGAGUAACUAUAAUCUCAUGGACCCGCAGCAGAGGAACACGAUAAUCGUGCCGAGGAACGGGUGGGCCGCGAUUAGGUUCCAAGCUGAUAAUCCCGGGGUGUGGUUCAUGCAUUGCCAUUUUGAGAGACACAUGACGUGGGGCAUGGAGAUGGUGUUCAUCGUGGAAAGUGGAAGCGGCCCAACAGAGCGUGUGAUGCCGCCGCCGCAGGAUAUGCCACCGUGCUGA